AUGUCUCCAUUCAGUUCUGAGCCUCAGAGCACUUCCACAGCCGGCUCAAAUUCUUCCAGCGGUCUAUAUUCCUUGGAUGGACGAGGAGGAGAACCCGGUAAUGGGAAGCCGCAAGGCCGCGAAGCAACAUCACCUCGUUACUUAUACUAUCGUCUUUACGCAACGGACGGUGCUAUGAAGUCGCUCAACCCCAUCUACUCCAACGAUCCGAGUAUCAGCCGCAUUUUGCCGAAAUCCCUCACUCCCCCUCAUACUGCCUUAUCAUUGAAGAGAUAUCUCUGCAAGAUAGAAGGCUUGGCAGAAUCAAACGCAAGUUUAUUCGAAUCGCUGUCAAGCGAUGUUGCCAUAGCGGGUUCCUCAUGUCUCAAGUUGCGAGAUCAUCUUGGCCUAGGCGCAUCGUCUCGCGAGCCGAUGGUUUUGGUGGUCGGGGUUGCUGAGGCUGAGAAAAGAUUGUAUACGCCACGGCGGGUGACCAAUAAGUUGAUUGAAAACCCUGACUCACGCGAGAUGUGCUACAUAUAUUAUCGCGUAUACGGUGAAGAGGGCGAGGUGAACUCGAGAGCGCCCUUUGAUGAAAGGGAUACUAGCUUGGGUCACAUAGACACGUUAUCUAUUGCGCCGCCGCGCACUGUGGCCUCUCUGAAGUCUCGCAUCGUCAACGUCGAAGGCAUUGCAAAUCAAGAAAUUCAAUUGUUCGAGGACACCGAUGGUGAAGUCCUGCUGAACGACGCUGACCAUCUACCUCUCUUCGCAGUGACCUAUUUGGGCUACAUCAAAGCCGACCCAUUGGCGGUCGUUUAUGUUUCAAAAACGCCAAGUUCAAGAUCAACAAUGACGAAGGCGAUUCGAGCAAAAUACGAUUGUAGUAAGCCAAUAGCACUUAAGCUUGGUGGCGUUACAGAGGCGGGAAGGGACGUUAGGCUGUGCGCCCGACUCCGACAUGUUUCCACUCGAGGUAUGGCAUACAUACAUGGACAUGUAACUAAUAGGCAGUGGGUGGGUGGGUGA